UACGUAUGACCCUUUUACUUUGAAGGCACGUCGUUAUUUUCCGGUACCUUCCUGGUUGUUUCAGUGUGACUUUACCCUGAACGAAGAAGGUGUCCAUGAUGACAACUUUAAAAUACCAACAGUAGCGAAGGCGGGUGUUCAUUACCUGUGGCGGAACAAACCAUGCUAAUCAGCCGUUACCUCGUCGAGUGUCGUCUACGAGCGGAAAUAGCUUAGCGGGCUAACGUUAGCCAGCCAGCUAGCAUGAACUCGGGCUGCUUUUGUUUACAUACAGUCCAGAUGAUGGGCCUGGAUAGGUGUGUUAGCUAACGCAGCUACCCGACUUGUUUGAGGCAAAGUGUCAUCCUAACAGUCUGCACGGUCAGGACCGCUGUCGUCCAUCCUAACGGCUGCCACCUUAGGGUGAUGGAAGUGUCCUCUCAGGAUCCACCUCUCAUGGCUAUGGACCUGUCAAAGGGCUACUCAGUCAAUCCCCUGACCUGCAGCCACACUGAAGCCAUGGACCUGGCAAAGAAGCCCGAGUGGUACCACAGACGCCCGCCGAGCUGCAGCACGGAGAUCAGCUCCCCGUUCAGAUCCAGAGCCUCGUCCUCCUACAGCUCUCUGUCCACGCUGCUGCACCCCGAGCCGGGUGCAUCUGUCCACUGCCGGGACGUGGAGCAGCAACCGGAGUCCAUAGGUAACUACAUGAAUUCGACGCUAACUCGGGGGUUGGAUCUGUACCGUGACGGAGUCCACGGCAACCUGUGGCAUCCAGGUUUCUAUGGGCCGGACCAAUCCGGAGGUGCGGUUCCUGAAAGCAGCGGCGGAGAGGAGAGCGACAGCGGCUCUGAUGUUAUUUUCCUGGUUUCCUCAGCCAAGGAGCCGCUCCUAUGCAGUCCUUUCAUCCAAGACAGCGUGAGGCACAUCGUGGAGCCACUGUCUCCAGCCGUGUCCUCACUGGAUGAAGGGAGAGGUUGCUAUCACCUACCUCAGCCUCUGAGCUCGCCGAGUCCUGACAGCUCAUACUCGGAAGACUCCUCAGACAGCUCAGUGGACAUUCCUGUACAUCACACCAGGCCUGUAGUCCUCCUGUCAGACCUAAGUGCUGUUUACGGCAACCCUGCUGAAUCUCCGGUCGAUGUUUCAAGCGAUGACAGCGACGUUAUCGAAGUUUCUGUCACUAAUGAGAAGACGAAAAGCAAGAAGUUUCCUUGCAGGAAGAGUCUGGUGAGAGAAACGCCUCCUCAGGAUGAGGAUGAAAAAGCUCCACCCAGAGAAGUGCGGCGCAGCAGCAGAAUCAGGAAGUCGGUCUCUGAAACGCCUCAGUUUACCUGCAGCGCGUCUCGGCACAGUCUGAGGAGACGAGCCAAGAACGACGCCGUGGGUAUAUACAAUGAAAGCUGUGAUUCCGAUGACAUGAUCGAGUACGCGGUGAGGCUGUCCAGCUCGGAUGCAGACGAGCCGACCUCGCCGCCAAAAGUGUCACAAAGACUGAGCAGAAACUCAGAGGAGUCUGCCGUACACGCUCGGACAGACAGGAAGUUGCAGCGGAGAGAGCUGCAGCCUCGCCGCAAAGUGUCCCACACGAAAAGCAUCGGCUGUAAACGAACGAAGCCUCUCGCCAUUUGUAAAAGUAAAAAGUUAAAAAGAACUGACCCGAAAGAGAACAGUAAAGUCCCAAAAGAGCAAAGCAACAAGUCAGCAAAAACAAAAACUGUCGUGACACGGAAGAGAAGAAGACGCUCGCAGGCCGGACCUCGUGUUCAGUUUCCUCCCACAGAGCCAGAAAUCAAGCUCAAAUAUGCAAACAUAAAAGAGGAAAAAAAGGACAAGAAGUCUGGCAGCUUUUACCCCUUUGUUCACAUGGAGAAGAGGAUGUGCACCGUUGUCAACUAUCAGGAGGAGGAGGCCUCAGUGAGGAGCAGUGGAGGACAGCAGCAGACCAGGUCUCUGUCGGGGUUCGUCCCCAACACGUCCUGCUACCAGCUGGGUCGCUUCAGCUCGGAAAGCCGCUGUCAGGCCGCGCUGCGGUGCUGCCUGUGCGGUCAGACGGCCAACGCCAUGGGCCUCGGGGACCUUCACGGCCCGUACCAUCCCACCGGCCCGUCCGUGGACGUCCACAACCGGGACCGCAGGACCGAGCAGAAAGACGGAGAACAUUCACCCGUCAAAAGCCAUUCAGUGAACUCCUCAGACGACGGUUGUGACGUUGGCUCUGCUGUCCAGAGCAACAGCCACUCGCUCCCAAAGGUGCCUCUAAAUCUGCACGAGUGCUGGAUCCACGAGGACUGCGGCAUCUGGUCGGCCGGAGUCUUCCUGGUCAGAGGGAAGCUUUACGGGCUGGAGGAAGCGGCUCGGCUCGCACAGGAAACAGUGUGCUCCACGUGCCAGCAAACAGGUGCAAUAAUGGGAUGUUUCCAGAAGGGCUGUCCCAGAAAUUAUCACUACAGAUGUGCCAUCCAGUCAGGCUGUGUGUUAAAUGAAGACAACUUCUCAGUCCGAUGUCCGGAGCACAAGAACAAACUGUUGAGAAGACAACACAAGAGAUGACCUGAAAGACAUUUUGGGAGGCACAUUCGGAGAGUGAUCCACAGAUCUCCUCAGGGUGCGACGUGAUCUGCCUGACUUCACCGCUGCAGUUCUGUAACGCUAAUUAAUGCGAGCGUGUGUGUUUGCUCAAGCAGAAGGCGAACCUUCUGCUGAGAGUCAUCAAAGAGUGAACGACCAGGGGCCACGAAAGGGUUUUUAUCAGAUGUGUGUGUGUUUUGUUCUGUUUCUCUGUGUGUGUGUGUGUGUGUGUGUGUGUGUGUGUGUGCAGGGAGGUGUGUAUGAUCCUAUUCUUGAAGAUCUGCACUUGGACUAACCACAUCACAAAUCCAGUUUCUUAUUUGAACAUAAUUAUUAGAGUUUAAAUGAGAUAUAUUGACUUGUUGUAUAGAAUACGAUAUCUUUAUAUGAGGCCACCUCUUUUCUUUCUACACUUUUUGUACUACUUUUCUAUCACUGUUUGUGCUUCAGUCAUCUCAUAACCAACAUAAUUUAUUUUCAUCCUGUUGCAUGCACAGUUGAUGUUGGCUACGAUGCACUUUACAGUAUAAUUUUAUCCUUCAGUUGUUAUUUAUGUCUGUUUGUAGACUUUGUUCUUCUCUUUUUAAUAAAAUUAUUUAAAUUUAAUGUAAAGCUGCACUAAGCAAGAUUUACAUGUAGCAGUAGUAGUAAUAACAAUAAUAAUAAUAUGGAAUUAUGGAAUUAUUGUCAAAAUUACAAAGUAAGGCUGCAACCUCCCACCCCUUCUAACCGAGAGCACAAACUCUACAGUCAUAUUGAAGCUAUUUCAAUAUGAAUUAUUUUCCUCUGCUUACAGGAUUUGGAAAUUUCCACUUUACGACCAGAAAAAAAAUCACUCAGCGAGAGUUUGAAAAAGAAGCAAACAUCAGCCUUUUGCUGGCCGAGCUGUUCGAUCCUUCUCUUAUGUAAAGGUAAAGGGUCAGUUCACUGAAAGCACACAAGUGCUCUAACUCAGACAGAUUAGGUGACACAAAAUUUGACAUUUAUAUUAUAUAUUUUAUAUUUAUUUAUUUCAGUGAUUUUUAAAAUGUUUGAGUAUUUUUUUUUUUUUUUUUUGGCAAAAGUGCCACACACAAAUACUAAUUUCAUCGUCUCAUAUUUGAAGGUUUGCUGCUGUUCUCUGUAAACAUUAGGGUUGUAGACUUGACUAGUCAGACUGUUUCAUAUUUACUCA